AGUUAAAGGAUAAGUAAUAACUCGACGGAAGUAAUGUAGCGAGUACAUCAGUCGCCAUAGGGAUGGGCGGAAAUUUUCUUCUUCCAGUGCCAAAAUUCGAGCUCCAUCGCUUUCCAGCGGGCCGCGAUGCUCUAGGGCUGACCGCAGCUUUUCCACCCAAGUGCGCGCUGGCGAAAACUUGCUCUCUUGCUUGGCGCCACUCUCUCGUCGGCACUCUUUCGUCGUCGUCGCCACUCUCUCGUCGCUGCUCGAAAACUUCUGCUGCUGGCGCAGGAAAAUCCAUUUUCCAUUUUCCUACACGCGGACACUGGCUCAAAGUACCGUGUGCUGCGGACGUCCUUGUCGUGCGUGCGUCGUUUGCUCGCGCUGACGGUGUUUUUUUGAGUUCAGGGAAUCGAAUCGAGCAACAUGGAAACAUAACUGGCGGGGCGGAAUAACAAGAAACCCCAGCUAGAACACCUCUAAACACUUCACUUUCGUAGUCCAAUCGAUAUAGAGUGGUAGUGGUGCAUUAGAAAAGAUGCAUUUGCAUUUGCAUUUUUUUUUCAGUGAGAUUUUUUCAUAUUUUUUCCAUCAAUUUCGGUGAGAGUGCUGUGCAACGAAAGGGAAUACGCAGAAACGAUUUUUUUAGAAAAUCGCGAGAGUCCCCGAAGGAGAAGGCCAUCGAAACGAAAAGGAAAGGCGAAAACGAAGGAAAGGCAGCGCAAUAAGCCUUUUUGUAGGUCUUCACCUGCACACUCCACCUUUAAAGACCUGCUGGCGCUGAUGAACAACCGACACUUGGAGGCCAUGAAAGCGUGCUAUAUAUGGACAAAAGAAGGAACAAUCCAUUCAAACAUCGGCCCAACAUCUUGCGGAGGGUGCUAAACUAAAGGAAGCUGGACGUGAAGGGCUUCGCCUUCGACGGAAGAAAAGGAGCAGCCAAAACGACCGAAUCAUGAAACAUUCAAAUAUUUCCAUUCACAAGGACAUGAUGGAAUUCGGAUAACUGCAACCGAGAAUUAAGUACAGGACACUUUCACCGAAUAACUCAUUUGGCGGUUAUCAAAGCGCGUUAAGGAUCAUGAAGCGAGCAGCUAUUUACAGUGACGGGAGAGCGCGUAAAUGAAUGCCAACUUCCGGAUAAAGCAACUCUUGAAUAUAUAGAACAAUCAUCUUACCCACAAACUGGUACCAGAGGUUCAUUAACGAGCAGGAGGAGGAGGAGGAGGAGAACCAGGAGGAGCAGCCGGCACAGCGGUCAUGGAACCACCGGGCGGAGUGCCGCCGGACAGGGAUAGGCAGCUGGUGCUCCGUCAUCAGAAUCAGCCGGCUGCCCUUGUGCCCGUGGUGGUAUCGGCACCCGCACCCGCAUCCGCACCCACUGCACCGGGGGCAACCAUCAGUGCGGCCAGUCCGCAGCCACCGGCCACGUCACUGCUGCCCAGCAAGCCAACUAGUCUGAGUCUCCAGCCGCAUGCCGUGCUCCACGCUAUGCAACAGUUGUCUCCCUCCGCCGGAGGAGGUGGAGGCGGAGGAGGAGGAGGCAACAACAAUGCCACAGUGGCCAUGGCCACCAGCAGCAGCAGCGGGAAUGCCAACAGCGGCAGCAGUCCCGCCCUGGCCUCCACCGCCACGGCCAUUUCGGCCACCACCCAGGCGGCCACUGCCUUCAGCGGCAGCUCGGUGGGGCACCACCACUUGCAGCACCACCACCAGCAUCCGCAUCCGCCACAACUUCAGCCCACGCAACCGCAUCCGGCGCCCACUGCAGCGUCACAGACGCAACAUCACGGCUCCAUUUCCGGCACUGGAUCCGCCGGUGGACUCAUCGGCUCCAGUGGCGGCAGUGCCCAUCCGCAGCAGGCCAUCGAGAAGCUAUCGCGACCUAUGGCCUUCGAUAAGAUGGAAAUGCUGGUGCGCGAGAUGCAGGAUCAGGAACAUGGCGUGCCCGUGCGGCAACAGAAAAUGUUCCUCACAUCCAUACCAUAUGCGUUUAUGGGAUACGAUUUGAUUGAAUGGCUGAUGGACCGCCUGCAAAUCGAGGAGUCGGAGGCCCUGAACAUUGCCAACCAGCUGUGUCUGCACGGCUACUUCUUUCCGGUGAACGACUCAAAGACGCUGACCGUGAAGGACGACUCGUCGCUGUACCGGUUCCAGACGCCCUACUACUGGCCCUGGCAGCACAAGGCGCCGGACAACGUGGAGUACGCCAUCUACCUGGCCAAGCGCUCGCUGCGGAACAAGCAGCGCCAUGCCCUGGAGGACUACGAGGCCGAGGCGCUGGCCUCGCUGCACAAGAACCUCAAGGGCAAGUGGGACUUCAUCUCGAUGCAGGCCGAGGAGCAGGUGCGCCUGGCCAAGGAGCGCAAGAAGGGCGACAAGAUCGUGGGGGACUCGCAGGAACGAGCCUACUGGAGGGUUCACCGUCCACCGCCUGGCCAGUUCACUCCGCUGGAGCCGUGUCCAGUGCCUUCGCGCGAUCGUCAGGGGCUCAAGCCCAACAAGAAAAAGACUGUCGAUGACAUGCAGCGCGACGUUGACUACUUGAGCAAGUCGCUCAACCGGACGCGGAUGAAGAUGUCGCAGGCGUGCGAGUCGCUCGUCUGCUAUUCGGAGACCUUCACCGAAUACGACUUCUUUCUCCAGCCGGCACUGCCCUCCAAUCCGUGGGUCACCGAGGACAUCGCCUUCUGGCAGCUGAACAACACCUUCGUGGACAUACCCACGGAGAAGCGGGUGAAGCGCUGGGCCAUUUCCAUCGAGGAGCUCGUCUCCGAUCCCACUGGCCUGCAGGAGUUCACGGGCUUCCUGGAGAAGGAGUACUCGCACGAGAACAUCCGCUUCUGGAUAGCGGUCAAUCGCUUGCGCCGAUCCGCUCACUCGCAAGUGGCGCGAAAGGUCAACGAAAUCUACGAGGAGUUUUUGAAGCCGGGAGCACCCUGCGAGAUAAACAUUGACGGCAAGACAAUGGAGAGCGUGCUGCGCGGCCUGAAAAAUCCAUCGCGGUUCACCUUCGAUUCGGCGUCGGAGCACAUAUACAUGCUGCUGCUGAAGAAGGACUGCUACCCCCGGUUCAUACGAUCGGAGCACUACAAGCGCCUGCUGGACACCGGCAUCCAGCCGUCGUACAAGAAGCGUUUCUUCAACUUUGGCGGCGUCAGCGGUGCGAAGAAGAAAAUGACAGCCGCAUUGAGCAGCCAGCCAAAUCUGGGGGAUGCGGCCAAGGGAUCUGGUGGCUCCGGCGGCGGCGGCACCUCCGGCGGCAGCUCCAUGAUGCAGGCCCCGCCGCCCGGCAAUCUCUCCCGGCGACGUGGCAGCGAUCGCAGCCUCACCGGAUCGGCCCACGAACUGGCCGUCAUCGGUGUGAACAAGGAUGCCGGCUCCAAGGUACCGCACUCUCAUUCCCAGAGCAAUCUCAGCGAAAUGCCCUUCAGUAGCGAUUCAAUUUAUCGAGGCGAUAUGCCACAGCGCCACAUGGCGAUCAUGGAUAUUGGGAUCUAUGCGGCUUACGGGAAUCGCGAAAGUAGUUUGCAGGCACUUCCAGAAACGCCAAAGACGAAGAACACCGCCCUGGAGCCCACGGAGUCCACGUCGUCGUCCACAGCUCUGGUGGUGGCGCCGGCGUCCAGCAGCGCCGUCUGCCCCUGGGAUGAGCCAGCCGAGCCAGAUCCCCCUCCGCCGGCGGCACAGGUGAAGCUAUCGGUGUGUCCCUGGGAUGUGGACAGUGCCAUAGAACCUACUCCUGCUGUCGUUGCAGGUGGAGGAGGAGGAGGAGGAGGUGGAUCAGGAGGAGGAGGAGGAGGAGGAUCGUCUUCGAAGAUCUCAAGUGCCGCCGUGCAGCCACAGCGGUUGAAUAGCACUUCCUCGGACAACAGCGACGUAAAUGACCGAAUGCAGCGCAAUUUGGGCAUUCGCCAUCAGAACACCGUGGACAGUGGCGAAGCAGGCAUUAAGCGUCUGAUUCCCAACUUUUCAGAGCAGCGUCGGGCAUCAGUCUCAUUUACUCCCAGCCGUACUCCGGACUUCCAGCUAGGCCACACUCCCACGACGACAUCCUCGCCCACAGUGGUCACCAGCAGCAGCUCCACAGCGCCGCUGCAGGCUCGCAGUGCCGUCUACGGCAGCGGCAGUGCCAUCGCCAAGGAUCCGCCGUCGGGCUCAGAUGCGGAUGCGGAACUGGAGCUGGAGGAGCUCAACAAGCUGUCACUUGGCGGGUCCUCGACCACGGAGCUGCCGCUGCUGGUAGUGCCCACCCCCACGCAGACCCCGCCGCCCGUUACCAAGGUCACGCCGCCGCCUGGCGAGAGCGAGGUGCUGGUGGCAGUGGCCAUGGGUUCGACAGAGGCCCUGGACACGCCGCAAACCCAACCGAAGGAGGCGCAGGCCGCGGUCAAGGAGGUCCAGAUCGAACUGAUCGAGCAGAUCGAAGCAGGAACUCCGCCCACCAUCAAAGUCCUGGAGCUGGAAGUAAAUUUCGAGCCGACAGCAGCAGCAGGAGCAGCAGCCGAUCCAGGUCAGGAUCGAGCACAGACCACCGAGGAUCCCGUGUUGGCGGAAGAGGCAGAAGCAGAAGGAGAAGCCGAAAAGCUCGUCGAGAUGGAACCGCCGAUCCUGGACGAGCUCUCACCCACCACCGAUGAGUACCAGGAGGGGCUGCAGUUUGGCAGCGAUACCAAGGACGCAGUGGACGACUUUGACAGCAUAGACGUUGGCUACAUACCACCAGCACCCACCCCGGCUCCCUCCAUGGCGCCCCUGGCCGAACUCGACGUGGACACGGUGGACGAUGAGCCAUGUGAGCCAUGUGAGCCAUGCGAACCGCCACCCACCGCCACUAGCAGUCGGGAAAUGGUGGUGGUCAGCACGACCUCGGCCACGGCCACGCCCACAUCCAGCAACGAGGAGGCGCGCAAGCGGCGCAAGAAGCGCAACUCGGAGAACAAGAAGCUAAGCUCGCAGGACGAAAAGGACAAGGCUGGCGGCAGCAGCAGUAUGGAUGCUGCCGAUCACAAUGCAGUGUGUCCCUGGGAAGACGAGAAUGUCAGCACCAACGAUGGCACCUUUGUGAAGACAUACGCCACACUGGGAUACUUAUGAAUAAAGCCAAAUCUGUUCAAGACGGUGGUCAACAAGUUGCUGAAAAGGAAGAAGCCGUACAAGAAGUAAGGCCUGGGUAGCUGGAUAGCUGGAUAGCUGGGUAGUUUAUUAUACGGAGUAUCUAUUAUAAUACGUACAUGCAAACAUAUUAUAUGUAAAUGUAAGUAUUUCUAUAAUCGAGUGUAUAUGUAAAUGUUAAAUGCUUCUCAUGUUCUUGAAACUCAAACUCCACCAAACUCCGAGGCACAGUGUGGGUUUAUUGCUGAAUACUUCAAACUAUAAUUAACAGAACAGAAAAAACGGUCUAUGAAUGACACACACAAAAAGAAAUAUAUACUUUAUCUACAGAGACGUACAUACUUAUUUACAAACCGAAGUGGCUAAGGUGGCUAAUUAGAAUUACGAAACAAACGGCGACAGAGUGGCAGAGGCUACUUAAAUGAAAUCAAAUGAAAUGUUAAAACUAACGCCUUCUGAUCAGUUGUAAAAAGGGAAAAACAUACGGAGCUUAGAUUCGGCGGCAGACAUACUUUAAUGUAUACAAUGUAUAUGAUCUUUCUGCGCAUAAGAAACCAUUUUCCAUUCUUUAAUCAAAGCUAUCUGUAUAGAGACCCGUUCAAAGUCUAAACAGUUAAACACAGCAAGUUAUAGCCAAGAUCGAGUAUAAUAGACCCAAAAAGUGUAUGAUAAAGUUUAGGUUAAAUAUUUAAUUUGCACACUUGUCAGCGAUAGCCAUGGCUUAUUCUUGGCCAAGAAAAGUCAUAGUUAUCCCAGCCAAACUGUGCAAAUUAAUCCUAAAGGGCAUUGAGCGGGGCUGGUAAAGGGCGAAUUCUUGUUUAGAGCACCUGAAUUGGACUGCAAAUACCUGCGAUUGGCGGUCAGUAGAACUACAUAUACUAUUUGAAAAUGUGAUGAUCAUGUGUUUUGAGCACUUAUAUUGCCCUUUGCCAACUUGCAAGCCCCUGACAUACAUAUUUAAAUAAUAGUACAAAGCGUUAAACCAGAUGUGAAAUGGCCCAUAUACUCACUAUGAAUUAUACCGAAAAGUCCCUUGGCUAAUUAAAUGCACAAGUUGCUGCGCAAGUAGAUGUUUUAUUUGAUUGAAAUCCGUUUCAUUUCACGGGUACAUGCCAGAACUCACGAGCCCCAAUCAAAUGUGCAGUGCAAAUGAAACACACAGUUGGAAAUUUUAGAUAUUUAUGAGAAAUCCCCUCAUUUCCGUAAUAGAUACGCCGCCAAAAAACCAGCCCCUGAGUUAUUUCAAACCCAAACUGACUUGCGCGCUUAACUUGUGCGUUUUAAAUUAUAUACUGUCCUACUGACUACCUAGUAAUUUUCUCUAUUUGAUUAGAAAUGUAUUGAGCUGCCCGCCCAAACAAUCGCAGAAAUCGAGCUAUGCUGUACUACAUAGAACACUAACAACCCAAAGCCAACAUCGAUGGGAGUGAACCGUGAUGGCCAUGGCCCGCAUCUUUAAGAUCAAAUUACACAUAGAGUACUGUUCCAUUCGAACGUGUUUACCUUAGACACACACACAACACACACACAACACACACAACAAAAUGAUUAGAAAAUCAAAUUAAGAUGAAAUCCUGGUUGUUCGCGACUAAUACCUUUAUAUGAAUCGAAAGAUGAUAUAACUUAUCGAAGAACUAUUACAAUCUAAGUAUAUUUAUAUUUUCAUUGUGCAUAUGAAUUAGCUACUUACUGUCGAAACCCGUUUUGCUGGUAAACAAUCUUUAUAUGGGAUAUCUGAAUUCUCUUUGUGCUUUCUAAACAAAACAAAACAAAACCAAAAAAACCAAAAAAACAUUUUUCAACUACUUCAAUUAACAAAGCUAAACAAAAACUGUAAACUGUAAACUGUAAAACGAUAUGUACCAAAUGUACCAAAGAAGAUGAGAGUUAAAUGCCGAAAACCUAAGCAAAUCCAAGUAAAUGUUGCAUAGAUAUUACGAAACGAGGCGUACACUUAGAGAAAUAGGGACGAUGUGCCGAGUGUAGGGCGUGCGUACAAAAUAUGUACAUGAAACCACCGUUAACUUUGCUUAAUGCGAGCCGAGCAAUUAAAGAGUUAAAACCAAAUAAAAAAAAAAUCCAACAAAAAAUUUAAAAAAAAAUACAAAAAAAAAUCAAAUAACAAGUAAAUCAGCAGCAGCAAUAGUUCCAAAUUGUUGUCAAAAUAUAAUAGCAGCUUUUAGAACAACACCAAAGAAGUUGUAGUAAAUAUGCGGAGGAAAAUUGUAUUGUUGUUGUUUUUUAUGUACAUUUACUUUUUUGUAUUACCGUUGUUGUAAGUCAAAUAUGCCAAACAUGAAUAGUUUAUUAAGAGUUUACAACAAAAUUAAAAUGCAGGCAAGAUAUGAAUUACUUUAACGCAAAUCGCAAGAAAAGUUCCGAAUGUUUUGAGUAGUCAAUGGUGAAUAUCUUCUACUUGCUUAUACUAAGUGUUCCCAUACAUAUUUAUGGGAUCCUUGCCGAAACAAAAACAUAAAACAGAAACAAAAACAGAAACAGAAAUCUUUAACAAAUAAAACAAGAGCGGCUGUCUACUUUACUUUUCCCGGUACUCAAAAAACUACAAAUCAUUCAUUGAUUUAAUAAUAUCACAAGUUUAGCUAAUGAAAAUUACCUGUUAUUAGAUCGUAUUCAAUUGUUACCUGAUUUUAUAUGUGUUGACUUAGGCAAUUAUAAAUUAUACGAGUUAAUUCGUGGCUUUACAAAUCGAUGGCUAAUUUAUGAACUUUUUAUGUGCAUUUACCAAUUUUCUAACCUAUUGCACUUUGAAAAAUCGUCCUAGUUAUUAGAAAUUCGCCAUAAAUAAGAAGUUCGUAAUUUUUAAAAUUUUGAAUUAAAUUGCCUUUUUUAAAAUACAUUGUUUUUUUAAACUAUUUUUUUAUUUUGUUAUUAAAAAAAAGUUUUUUGUCAAAUAAAUGGAAAAUAUUUUUCAUAUAUUUUUUUAGGGUACAAUUUGUAUGUUUUGAAAACCACUUUCAUUUUUUUUAUAGAAUUUAAUUCUGAAUAUAAAAAUUUAAAUUUAGAGUAUGCUUCCUAAAUUUCAGAAAUAUCUUUCUAAAAUUCAGAAAAUGGUUCUGAAAAGAAUAAAUGUAUUUCUGAUGCUUAGAGUGAACUUAGGACAACAUUUUAAAGUAAAAAAUAAAAGUUGAGCCGACAGUGGCUGGAAUAAAAACCAAGAAUGUUGAAUGUGUGUUUAGUUGUGCCAUAUUUGCUUCUUUGAGUACCGGGUAAACAUAGAACUAAAAUGCCAUAAAGGGUCCGAUGGAUUGAUUGAGCCGCCACAGCGUCAUUUUGAUAAUAAAAACAAAA